GCUUGGAUAUUGCUAAUAUCGCUCAGUGUUUUUAUAUACAAUUGAUAUUGAUUAUUGUUGUAGAAAAUGGGGUGAAAAGUGGGGAUUCUGAGGACAAAUACCUUGAGGAAGUUCCUUCAGCUUUCAUGAACAGGAAGAAGUGCAAUGCUUUGUAACCAGUAGGUAGGUACCUAGUUUCCAUCUUGAUCUAGUUACCUACCUACUAACCUGCAACCAGAAAUUCAAGAUUGAGGCAAAAGGAAGGCUUGACAUUUUUGACAGCGCUGCAUAGAUCACCUCAGUGGUGUACUGACAACUGUGUGACAUAGGCAGUAUGUACUGCUGGGGUGGCACGGUCAGUGGUGAGCUGGGACUUGGCGGCAUUGAGGAGCAGCAAGUGCGCACUCCUCGCCACCUGGCCACCCUGCCGGCCGGUACUCAGAUUGUCCAGGUGGCCUGCGGAUACAACCAUACGGUGUUCUUAUCGGCUGAGGGGUCCGUCUUCACGUGCGGCAACAAUGAGCGCGGUCAGCUGGGUCACAGCGGACAGACCACGCGGCCAGUGCUGCUGGAGAGGCUGGAAAACUACCCGGUGGCGCAGGUGGCCGCCGGGGAUCAGUUCUCACUGGCAGUCACCCGCUGGGGAGGGCUAUUCUCCUGGGGUGACAACCGGCAUGGGCAGCUCGGCACCGGCGACCCGACCGAGUUUAUCCAGCGGCCGCGCCAGCUGAGGGCGCUCGUCUCCAAACGGGUGGUACAGGCUGCCUGCGGACAGGCGCACUGCCUCGUCCUGACAGACGAUGGCGAGCUGCUGUCGUGGGGCUCCAACGAGCACGGCCAGCUGGGCCAGGGCACGCUGGGCGGCCCUCCCGUCUCCCAACCCCGCCUGGUGGCCGCGCUGGCCGGCCUGCCGCUCGGCCGCGUGGUCUGCGGCGGCCACCACUGCCUGGCCGUCACCAAGUGCGGCCGCGUGCUCGGCUGGGGACGGAACGCGCUGCACCAGCUCGGUCUGAGCAGCGAGCAGGACCAGCCGACGCCGGUGGCCAUCCGCGGCCUGGGCACGCAGCGCGUGCGACACGUGGCCGCCGGCGAGAACCACUCGGCGGCGCUGACGCGCGAGGGCGCCGUGUUCACGUUCGGCGCCGGCGUGUACGGCCAGUUGGGGCACGGCGGGAAGACGAACGAGGUGCACCCGCGCCAGGUGAUCGAGCUGAUGGGCAGUGCCGUGUCGCAGCUGAUCUGCGGCCGCCAGCACACGCUGGCCUACGUGUCGGCCGGCGGCGCGGCCGGCGGGAAGGUGGUGGCGUUCGGACUGGGCGGCUCAGGUCAGCUGGGGGUGCCGGACACUCCGCUGGCGCGCACGCCGGUGACUGUGGCCGGGCCGUGGACACGGACUGCAGAGGGGACCGGCAGUGAGGACGGGCCGGGCGGCGGUGGGCCGCUGCGGCUCUUCUGCGGCGGCCACCAGAGUUUCGCGGUGCGUCUGCCCGGCUCACCGGACUCGGCCGAGGCGUGUGACGACCGCCAGUGGCCGGCCGGCUCCCAGAUCCUAGAGCUGACCGCGCCGCAGGCGGACGCCAUCCGCGAGGCGGCGCGCUCCAGUUCCUCGGGCUCAGAGUCCGACUGUGAGCGGCGCGACCGGCUGCUACAGUUCGCCGAGACGGCGCUCGGCAGCGUGGCAUGUCUGAGCGGCUCGUUCCUUCCGGCCGGUCCGCGGCACGUCUGCACCUCGCUGCAGCCCAACCUGGACCUGUCCGCCUGCCAGCGCGCCAUGCAGACCCUGUACGGCGUCACCAGCGAGCCGUUCGCCGAGGUGGUGCACGCGCGGCUGGCGGCGGUGCCGGCCGCGCUGCCGCCGCGGCCCGCCGACCCGGAGGCGCUGCGCGCGCUGCUGGUGCUGCUCUGCUGGCCGGGCCUGGAGCAGCUGGCGCAGCCUCUCGGGGACGCGCUGCUGGCCGUCUCGGAGCUGGACUGGGCCGUGCUGAGCGGCUGGCUGCGGCAGCUGCCGGCGCCGCCACUGCUGGCCACCAUCGGCGUCUUCAAGGCGACCGUGCUGCGGCUGAUAAAGCGCGCCGACACGCUGACGCAGUGUUCGGACGGCAGCUGGCGGCUGGGCGGCCGGCUGCAGGCCACGCUGCGCGUGCUGCGCCGGCUGCACGGCGCGCUGCUGGAGCAGCCGAGGGGCCCGGCGGCGGGCCGCGGCCGGCCGGCGCUGGCCGUCACCCCGACCACUACCCCGGCCACCACCCCCACCGGCGCCGGGCCCGGGCCGCCGUCCGGCGCCGUCACCGACGAGUCGUUCUACAUGCCCGAGCUGACCGACCUGGUGAGCGUGCCGCUCGACUACGUGGGCUGGCAGCUGGCGUCGGGCGGCGCCGGCGGCGACCGCUACUUCUGCCACUUCCCGUUUGUGUUCGACGCAGCGGCCAAGACGCAGCUGCUGCAGACGGACGCGCUGCUACAGAUGCGCUCGGCCAUGGAGCUGGCGGCGCACCAGCAGGUGGCGGCGCUGCUGACGGGCCGCGUCAGCAGCGGACAGUUCCUGCAGCUCACCGUCAGCCGCCGCCGGCUGGUCGAGGACACCCUCCAGCAGCUGUGGCAGCUGACACAGGACGACCUCAAGAAGCCGCUGCGGGUCCGCUUCGAGGGCGAGGAGGGAGAGGACGCAGGCGGCGUGCGCAAGGAGUUCUUCUUAGUGCUGACUCGGGAGCUGCUCGACCCCAAGUACGGCAUGUUUAGUGAGUUUGGCGAGACCAACACCAUCUGGUUCAACCCGGACUCGCUGGAGGAGGACGUCAUGUACCUGCUGAUCGGCAUCGUCUGCGGCCUGGCCAUCUACAACAGCACCAUCGUCAACCUGCCCUUCCCGCUGGCGCUCUACCGCAAGCUGCUCGACCAGCCGCUCUCGCUGGACGACCUGGCCGGCCUCUCUCCGAUGACGGCUCGCUCUCUCUCGGACGUCCUCAGCUAUACAGGAGAUGACCUCGAGGAGACCAUGUGUCUGACGUUCGAGGUCACCCGCGAGACGUUCGGACACGUGCAGACCAUCGAGCUGAAGCCGGGCGGCUCGAAAAUCGCCGUCAACCAGUCCAACAAACACGAGUACGUCGACCUGUACAUCGACCACAUGCUCAACACGUCCAUCCGGAAGCAGUACCACGCGUUCCACGAGGGCUUCUACAAGGUUUGCGGCUCCAAGGUGCUGCAGCUGUUCACGGCGCCGGAGCUCAUGACGCUCGUCAUCGGAGACGAAAACUACGACUGGCAGGCGUUCGAGCAGAACGCCGAGUACCGCGAGGGCUACCAGAGAGACUCGCCGCCCGUGAAGCUCUUCUGGCAGGUGUUCCACUCGCUGACGCUGCAGCAGAAGAAGCAGUUCCUGCUCUUCCUGACCGGCACCGACCGCGUUCCCAUCACCGGCAUGAAGUCCAUCAAGCUGUACAUCCAGCCGGCGCGCGGAGGCGACACCUUCCUACCUGUGGCGCACACCUGUUUCAACCUGCUCGACCUGCCAGAGUACGCGACGGCCGAAAAACUGCGCUACAAACUGCUGCAGGCCAUUCAGUGCACCGAGGGGUUCGGACUCGUGUAGCGCACCGCGACUGUGGGCAGGUGAGUCGCUGAGUCGGUGAGAUUGUGAGUCAGUGACUCGCUGAAUCAGUGAGUCAUUGUGAGUCGGUUAGCGGGACUAGCGGUGGCCGGGGUCCCCGCUCAGGUAGCCGGCCCGUGUCUCGUUCGAGCCGGCACAGUUGUCUCUGCGUGCCGCGUUCGAGCUGGCGUGGCCUACAGCCGUCACUACUGCUGGUGACGCCAGAGGCGGUGCUGGUGGUGACUGGUGUCGGUGUUGGUGCACACAGUGGAGUGUGUACUCGGCACCAUUUAGAGCUUCAGUCCUGGCUACCUCAGUACGGCAGUAUAGUGAAUCAGAGAUGUGCAUAGGCCUUGUCCGCCUUAUGUGUAAUGCCAAAGCACAGCCAGUAGGAAGACACAUUUUGAGCAAGCCGAUCCGAACUAUAUUUACUCAAACCAAACGGUUGCUGAUUAUCACUCAUAUUUUAUUCAUUUUUAUGGUAAAUUUGUGUGUCGUGCCUUUGCUGAGGGUGUAUGACCCAUCAUCGUUUACGUUCCCUCCACAAACUAAAUGCAGAGUGGGUGUGAGAUGCAGUGCAGCUGCUGGUAACUAGCCAGAAGCUAUUAACUAACGCGAGACUGGUUUAGUGACAAUGUCAGAAGAUAGUGUGUUAUAGUGUCCGCGGUAUGACGUUUUCACUGUGUGCAUUUUCAGUCUUGCUCAUCCGUUAUGAACUGCCGAUUUGCAUGGGAAUGGGUCGUGAUGUAUCUAAUCAGUGAUGUUCCAAAGCCCGCACGUAAAGGCUUCUCUCGAGUUUCGAGAAACUCCUGUCAUUUGGCAGUUACUUGUUAUGAUGAAUGGUCAACACACAUUACUUGGCUUUCAGCUGCCGCGUUUCAAAACAUGCGAACUCUCAUUACAAGCGUUCUUUAUACUCAGUGAAUAAUUGUUCCGUAUUUUUGCAAUACUGGUGAGACCGAUGAUCGAUUGUGCCGGGAUUUGGCCUUAUCUUGCACUGUCGCAUGGUCGAGUGAUAUCGGGAAGUUUGCCCUUCCGCAGAGCAGAAGGGAAAGCGGUAUCCGACUGUACGGGCGGCGCAGCGCAGCGUACUGCGUGGUGCUUUCUACAUGACAAAGGACAGUGACGUUAUGAGGCCGCAGCUUAGCGCUGUUGCCUCCUACCCGGUGCCUACUCUCUGUGGUGCUGUGUGUGGCGCCGUGUGUGACGCCGUGUAACGCCGUGUGGUGCCGUGUGAGGCCGUGCAACGCCGUGUGGUGCCGUGUGAGGCCGUGUAACGCCGUGUAAUGCCGUGUGAGGCCAGGAGAGGCCAGUGAUACCCUGUGUUGUGUCGUGCGAUGCAGCUGGAUAACCGAUAACCGUGUUCUCAGAAGGGCUUCCCAGAGACAGUCGUAACCCGUCCAGACGCUGCCUCGAGCCGCCAUCAAACGGGACGCCGUACUCACAGCGGCGCUAUGUGCACGGGUGUACGUGAGGUCUCAGCACCGAGCUAAUCUAUGCGGAAACUGCCGUGUGAUUUUAUCCCUGCCCUGGCCGCUACAUUUGCUUCAUUGGAGCCUGUUGGUUGCCAAGCACUCUUGGCCGGUAGAGUAGUUUAGUCAUUGCAGCAUGUCAGCGACAUAUCAAAAUCCGAGUGCCGCAAUCAUGUUAUCGCUCGUGUGGGUUGCACUGUAUUUGAGUUUAGCCUAUUGUGGUACUAAAUAACGUGGUCAGUGAUCGUGUUUAUGGCGCUUCGUGUAUUGCUCUGCUAUCACCUCGCCUGAGUCUCGGUGCCAGCAGAUACGCCUGGUGCGCACACGUUUGGUGAGUGUCUCACCGGUCGGUGAGAGUGUGAGCUUCUGACGGCUGCUGUGAUGUGCUCACCGUCAGAGUGGGACGGACCCGGCCACGGGACGGUGGUGUGCCCCGGUCCGCGCCGACCGCCCGCGGCCUGCUGUCACCGUCCGGUUGUUUAUGUUCGGCAGUGAAUUAGUGAUAUAAUAGCCUGGACCGCCGGACUGUUCAAUACACAACUGGUAUCGAA